UCACCGUGCAGGAUUCAGACGGGAGAAGGAAAUCCACCAAACGGCUAUAAUUUGACGUUUCAAGUUCCAUUCUUUCCCCUAAAUCCCAACCCCCACAGAGAGAGAGGAGGCAACAACCCCCUCCGACGAACCGUCGCGUUGUCUCGCCCCCGCAGCCGAUACCCUUCCCGCCGGCGAUUCUCGGGUCCCCUUCCGUUUCCGUUCGUUUCUUUCUUCUUCAUCGACGGCUUCUUCGUCUGGGUUUCGACGAUCGUCCCGUCGGAGGGUGGUGGUGCCGCCGCCGGAGAGAGAGAGGGGAUUGGAGCGGCAUUCUCGUUCGUUUCAAUCCUUGAAUCCCUCGCCUCGUUUCCGCUUCGCGUCUCACGAUGUCCGAUGGAUAUUCUAGUUCCAAGAAGACUGACGAUAUCUGCGAAGACUUUUGUGGCCGGCAGGCAACUCGUGCAGCCCGAGGUAUGUCAAGACUUCGCUGUCUCCUUCGAGAGAUAGAUAUGAAGACGUACCUAUUUCUGUUUGUUGUCAUCCCAGCAGGAAUUUGCGGCCUGUACUUGCAUGGACAGAAGAUUUCCUAUUUCUUUAGACCCCUAUGGGAAUCCCCUCCAAAGCCUUUUCAUGUAAUUCCGCAUUACUAUAAUGAGAACGUGUCGAUGGAAACUGUUUGCAAACUUCAUGGAUGGCAAAUCCGUGAGUUCCCGAGGCGGGUCUAUGAUGCGGUUCUGUUCAACAAUGAGGUUGACAUCCUGACAAUUCGGUGGAAGGAAUUGUAUCCUUAUGUGACACAGUUUGUACUGCUCGAGUCAAACUCAACAUUUACUGGACUACCCAAGAGGUUGAUUUUUAAGAAAAAUCGAGACAAGUUUAAGUUUGUUGAGCCUCGGCUGAUUUAUGGUACAAUUGGAGGAAGGUUUAAAAAAGGAGAGAAUCCAUUUGUUGAAGAGGCUUAUCAGAGAGUCGCUCUAGACCAGCUAAUUAGGAUUGCUGGCAUUGGGGAUGAUGACUUGUUGAUUAUGUCAGACGUGGACGAGAUACCUAGUGCGCACACAAUCAAUCUUCUCAGGUGGUGUGAUGACAUCCCACCUAAACUUCAUCUGCAGCUGAGGAAUUAUUUGUACUCUUUUGAGUUCUUUGUAGAUAACAAAAGCUGGAGAGCAUCAGUCCACAGGUAUCAAUCUGGCAGUACGAGAUAUGCGCACUUUAGACAGAGUGAUGACUUGUUGUCUGAUUCAGGUUGGCAUUGUAGCUUCUGCUUUCGCCGCAUUAGUGAGUUCAUAUUCAAGAUGAAAGCUUACAGCCACAAUGACCGGAUCCGAUUUUUUCAUUAUCUAGACCCGACAAGGAUUCAGGAUGUCAUCUGCAAAGGGGCUAAUUUAUUUGACAUGUUUCCUGAAGAACACACGUUUAAAGAGAUAAUCGGGAAGUUGGGGCCCAUCUCUCAUUCUUACUCAGCUGUUCAUCUUCCUGCCUAUUUGUUAAACAAUGCAGAGAAGUACAAAUAUUUGCUGCCAGGGAACUGCAAGAGAGAGAGUGGCUGAGUAACUUUCUUCGAAUGUGAGGUGGCUUAUUUUGGCAUGUUUGGAAGGUGAAGAUGCUUUGGCCACGAGAAAACAGCUCCCUGGGAAGACCAUGGAUUGCAAUCUUGGAGAUUUAAUUCCAGCAUCUCGUGCACCUCCUAAACCUUAUUCGUCAUUCUCUUGCAAGGCAUUUGAAGAACUUGCAUGUUCUUGAAACCUUGUGGAUGGAGUCAUUCUAUAGUCAUUUUCGGACUCGAGUUCUUUGAGUGCCGGAUUUGGGGCAUAUUGUGCUUUGGGGUUUUUGAUAUUGAUGUUGGAGGAGGAGAUAGUUUGUCCUGACCCUUGUGAGAUUGCAUACCACCUCUUGUGGGUAUUGCUCGAUCUUUCCUGUCUAUAAUAUAGGAUAGCUCAUUUUUCCCACCAUUUUCUUUGCUGGGAAUUUUGUUGUGUUAAUCUAAUCUAAAUCUGUUCAUGUAUCAUCAGAGGAUUUCCAUCAAGCGGAUGCAGAUUAAUUCUUUACAUUGUUAUUGCAGAGUAGGGUGUGCCUCAUCUCCAUUUCUCUUCUUGUUUCUUCAUCCGCUGUCCCUGCACAUGUUGUAUUUAGUUUGAUUUGAUAUGAGACUUAUGGUUGCAUGA